CGCCAGCCCAACCAACCAACCACUCGACCGCGCUCAGUCAGUUCCAGAGUAGCGUUCGUGAGGUUCAGAUCUACGCGGGUACCCCAUACAAACGGAACGUAUCGCGGUAUCGUGGAGUCCGAAUCGCAAUCCGUAAUAGAGUCUGUUAGCCACACAGUCCAGGGGCAGUUGCUGCCGCACGCUAAACAGAAAGUUGCUCCAGUCGAGUGUGAAUAGCGAGUGAAUUUUAAUUUGCACAAAUAAAUGUACUACUAGUACCACGUGUACGUAACGAUUUUUUUAGAAAACUUGAUUUGAGCCGAUAAUUGCAAGUCGCGCCCGUGCGCAAGUCAAUUUGACGAAGAAACUCUGCUGGUGAAAACUUUGGUGGACCGAUCUGGCCACACUGGCAUCCAGGGACGGCGACCGGCACUAGUUGCUGCUGGGCUAGACGAACCUUCUUUUUCGCGGCUGUCGCAACUUUAGAGCACUAACGGGGAAGCUAUGAAAAAGAUCCGACGAUGGUUGCUGGUGUUUGCGGUGAUAAUAACGUUAAUGGUACGGGUGGAUGGUUUAAAGGCGACCUCGUUGAUCUUUGGCCGCGGACCAGCCACCUCGAGUACGUCCACCACCAGCAGCCCGACGGCGGCCACGUCCACGACCGCGGCCAGCACGACCUCCACCACCACAGUCAGCGCCGAUGACGCGUCAGAAGAGGAAGAGCCACCUAUAAAGACGUUUACCAGUCGGAACAGAAAAUCUGACGAUCAAGGUGCAGAGGCGGUGACUAAGGCGCCCCUAACCGGCAUUCCACAGGUGGACUACGUGUGGGAUCCCAACUUGCCACGGGAACUGAAUGGGUUCAACCUGUCCCACUACCCGUUCCUGGAUUCGGUCCCGACCGAGGAGGACAUCGGGUUCACCUGCGACCCGAAGCUGCACGACGGUUUCUACGCGUCCAUCAAGUUCGGCUGUCAGCUGUACCAUCACUGCAUCCACGGGGUCCGCUACGACUUCCUGUGCGCCAACUACACGGCCUUCGACCAGAAGACGUUCAUCUGCCACUUUGCCUCCGAGGUGGACUGCAAGAACUCGCCCAAGUAUUGGUUUAGGAACGAACCGCUGUACAAGGCAACCACAACCACCACCCAGAAGCCGGCCCCAACGCUGCCAACGACGGCCGCUCCGACAACGGCGGCGACCCGCGCUCGGCCAUUCCGUCCAACGGUGAGGAGGAGAAGGCCUCAGGUGGAUGACUACUACGAUGAUGAGUACGAGGAUGAGUACUACGAGGAGCGUCCCCGACGCAGGAAGAAUCGGCCACGGAACCGGCGACCAAUCUAUGAGGAUGAGUACGAGGACGAGGAUCGGUUUGAGCGAAGACCGGCGGAUCGGUAUCGGGAUCGGGAGCGUGAUCGCGAUGUAGAUGAUGAGGAUUACGAGGAUAGGAGACCAUACAGACCGUCGAAGAAUCGCAAUCGGAACAGAACCCCGGAGGACGAUCGACGAUAUGGUUAUGAGGAGAGGAAGCGUAGACCGGUAGAGGAGGAGAGAAGGCGUCCGGCGCCGGAUGACGAUCGACGACCGGUUGAAGAGGAGAGACGAUCUUCGCAAGGGGAUCGUCGCAAGAGACCAACGGUGAAGCCGGUUGACGAUCGCCGACCGUUGAACGAGGAUCGACGAUCGUUCUCCGGAGAUGAACGGAGACGACCUGCUGCGGGCAGUCGUCGGCCGUACACCGAUGAUCGCCGAUAUGAUUACGAUGAAGAAGAGGAUGAUUACAGCCCAAGGAGACCGGAGAAAAAGUCGAGACCGCAGAGCGAUGUUGUGACGGUGAAGCCUUCGGGAUCAACGAUCUACGACAAGCCACGUGCAGCGCCGAGGAUCAACCGGCCAGUUCCGUUGAACGAGAAGAACAAGUACUCGUACGUGAAUCCGGAACCGCCCAAGAAGAAACCCUCCACUACGGCAGCUCCAGUACAGGAGUCGGAACCUGAGUACUACGACGAGUACGAGGAUGAACCGAAGAAGCCAGCUCCGGUGGUCGUUGACAAGCGCAAAGUCUCAGAACCAGCUUCGUCUCGAGGUAGCGUCACGUACGACGAUCGUCGCCACAGUGCCUCGUCCGACGUGGUCUACUACGACGAUGUGAUCGUACCGAAAGAUUCCCUUCCCCAGAAACCGGUUCCGGGAAACGUGAAGAAGCCAGACGGCGUCGAGCGGGUCAACAACCGCGACAACUCUGAACUGGCUAACCGUUACAACGAAAAGAUACGAUCAACCCAGCGCGUCUCCAAGCCCGACUACGACGAUGAAGAACCCCCGGUCGAGCGUCCCAAGUCGCGCCAACCAGCCCCACCCAAAACCUCCGCCAACAUCUACAACAACUUCAAGAACAAGAAGCAACCGCAGCAGCCAGCUCCAGUCGAGAACCGGAAAGUGGUCGCUCCCCAAACCCCACGUGACUACGAAGUGAUCAACAAACCCGCCGAAGUUCCUAGGCCGAUCAUGCGAUCGACAAAGCGACCCUUCCUGCCAAGUCGCGGCGGAAAUCCCUACGCGGCACGCGGCCUCCAACCGGUUGGCGUAGCCAAGCAGAACCAACGUCCCGCAACCAACGACUCCGAACGACCAGCCCCGUUCCGGAUCGACGUGGACGCCUCUCCAAACCCUCCAAGCAGCACAUCCCGGCCGCCACCCCAAAACGGCAACGCCGCCCAAGAUAACCGCGUCAAAACCCUGGACCAGCUGUACGACGAAGAGUUCGACGUGACGCUGAACGACGCCCUGAACCCCACCCUCAAACCCCUGACCCGAAGCGCCCCCGCCAACAACUUCUUCCGCAACCGGUACGUGCACCAGAGCUCCGACUCGGACUUUGUCCCCUUCGAGCCCAGCUUCGCCCCGUCCGAGUUCCGAAGGGCGGCCGUGCGACCUCCGCCGCACCGACAACAACCGACGGUCUACGUGAGCCAGGUGCGGGGCCAUCCGCUGCAGCCGCAACGGUACGAGUACGAGUACGAGUACUGAGCUGGAACAGCGGCAGAGGCAAACAGACGGGAAACGUGGUGGAAAAAUGAGCGCCAUCUGUUGCCCGAAAGGGAAAACACCAGUGUCAAGUGAUCUGAAUCCAAGUGCCCCGUCCGUUUGUCUGUGCGCGUUUAAUUUAUUUAAGAAAGCUACAAAAAUCCAGGCGAUGAAAAUUUAUUUAUUUACUCAAGAAAAACAAAAACAAGUAAAGCGAGUAAGUUUAACGCAAACUAGAGGAAAGAAGAGGUGGAAAAACUCCGUCGCAAACUGACGGAGAAAAAAUGUGUAAAAUUCUUAACGAAAAAAAAAGAAAGAAAUAUCAAGCCUUGUCUGUACAUAUGUUUCUGCUCUGUAUUUCUUAAAGUUAAAUACUCAACAAAAGGUGAUAUCGACGCAAAAUGCAACUUUUUUACUUGCUGCGAAGCAAAACUAAUGAAACUGGAGGAGAGGACAAAUAAAAAUUGAGAAGAUUUAAAAACCGACGACGAAAAAGCAAUGUGUUUGUAAUCUUUGCAAUAGUAACUUAGCUGUUAGGGAAAGUUUAAUGAAGAACCAUGAAAAAUUUAAUCAAAAGUGCUUCGUAGAACGCUAAAGCAUGGAAAAAUAAUAAAAAAACCGCGGCAAAUAAAACCUACUGAAUGAUAGUGAGAGAAAGGGUGAGUGUGAAAGAGAGAAAGAUUUAGGAGCAAACGAAAGUGCGAAAGUGAGAAUGAGAAAG